UUUUCUAGUUUACAGAUCAGAAAAUUCUUUUUUUUUAAUGGGAAAACAGACAGAAAUUAAACAAAGUCCAAGUAGUAUUCACGUAAAAUCUGAACAAUUUCAACGUCGUUUGUCGCUAAGAAAACGUCCGGCACCUAAAAUUGAAGAAGAAAUUGUUGAGGAUAUUGUUGUGGAUGAUGGACCAGUCGUUAUGCCUGAAACACACCACAAUGAAGAAACUGUUGAAGAAAAGAAGGAAGAAAUUGAAUUUGUUAAAGGAUGUACGAAUAGAGGAUUUGUUUGUAUUUGGCAUAAAGGUUAUCGUUACGUCAAAAAUCGAGACGUUAAAGUCAGACAUUACAAUACAUAUUGGCGUUGUAGUAGCAAAAGAUGUCAAGCCAAGGCAUUUGCAUAUGAGACAGAAGAUGGGAAAUUAAUGGGAGAAUUGAAAAAUAUGCAUAAUCAUUUGCCUCAACCAGAGAAAAGAUUGGCAGAAAUUAAAAGGCAAGAACUAAAACAACGAGCAAGAGAAGAGCCUUCUUUAAGGCGUG